GAGGAUGAAGGGGAGAUGGUGCCCAGGACAAGCCAUGCUACAGCUUUCCUUAGUGACACGAAAGAUCGAGGCCCUCCAGUGCAGCCCCAGACCUGGAGAGGUGGCGAGAAGGUCCCCUCUGGGCAGACGCAUUACCUGAGAGCAUUUGAAAAAGCCCCUCAGGUGCAGACCCAGGCUCUUCGAGAUUUUGAGAAGCACCUCAAUGACCUGAAGAAGGAGAACUUCAGCCUCAAGCUGCGCAUCUAUUUCCUGGAGGAGCGCAUGCAGCAGAAAUGCGAGGCCGGCCGGGAAGACGUGUACAAGCGGAACAUCGAGCUGAAGGUUGAAGUAGAGAGCCUGAAACGAGAACUCCAGGACAAGAAACAGCAUUUGGAUAAAACUUGUGCCGACGCGGGGAGUCCCGGCGGCCACGAUGAGGCCGAGCUCCGGCGCCAGGCCGCGGAGAGGCGGCAGGAGACGCAGCACGUCCACGAGCUCCUGGAGAGCAAGAUCCAGCUUCUGCAGAAGGAAUCCAGGCUAGCAAAGAAUGAAGCUGCGCGGAUGGCAGCCCUGGUGGAAGCCCAGAAGGAGCGUAACCUGGAGCUCUCGGAGAAACUGAAGGGCGUCACCAAGGACAGGGAGGGUGUACCAGGAGACCCGGGCAAGCCCGACCGAUACACUGAGGCCCUGGCCCAGAGGGACAAACAAAUUAAAGAACUGAGUCAGAGCCUGGCUGCCCAGGAGAAGCUUGUAGAACAGCUCUCUCAAGAGAAGCAACAACUGCUACACCUGUUGGAGGAGCCGACUAGCAUGGAAGUGCAGCCCGUGACCGAAGAGUUAUUCAAACAGCAAAAGCCGAAUUCAGACGAGACCAUUCUCACUCAGCAGUCUGUGUCUGAUUCCCAUGUGGCAGAACUCCAGGAAAAAAUCCAGCAAACAGAGGCCACCAACAAGAUUCUUCAAGAGAAACUGAAUGAAAUGAGCUAUGAACUAAAGUCUGCUCAGGAGUCAUCUCAGAAGCAAGAUGGUACAAUUCAAAGCCUCAAGGAAACUCUGAAAAGCAGGGAGAGUGAGACUGAGGAGUUGUACCAGGUGAUCGAAGGUCAAAAUGACACAAUGGCAAAGCUUCGAGAGAUGCUGCACCAAAGCCAGCUUGGACAGCUUCAUAGCUCAGAGGGUACCUCUCCAGCUCAGCAACAGGUGGCUCUGCUUGACCUCCAGAGUGCUUUAUUCUGUAGCCAGCUUGAAAUACAGAAGCUCCAGCGGGCCGUACGGCAGAAAGAACGCCAGCUGGCUGACGCCAAACGAUGUGCGCAGUUUGUCGAGGCUGCGGCCCAUGAGAGAGAACAGCAGAAAGAGGCUUCUUGGAAACAUAACCAGGAAUUGCGAAAAGCCUUGCAGCAGCUACAAGGAGAAUUGCAGAGUAAGAGCCAACAGCUUUGUACCCUGGAGGCUGAAAAAUAUAAUGAGAUUCGAACCCAGGAGCAACACAUUCAGCACCUAAACCAUAGUCUGAGUCACAAAGAGCAGCUGCUUCAGGAAUUUCGGGAGCUCCUGCAGUAUCGAGAUAACUCGGACAAAACCCUUGAAGCAAAUGAAAUGUUGCUUGAGAAGCUGCGGCAGCGAAUACAAGAUAGAGAUGCUGCUCUAGAGCGGGCUAUAGAUGAGAAGUUCUCCACUCUAGAAGAAAAAGAAAAAGAGCUGCGGCAGCUGCGUCUUGCUGUGAGGGAGCGAGACCUUGACCUAGAGAGACUUCGUGGCAUCCUCUCUUCCAACGAAGCUACCAUGCAGAGUAUGGAGAGUCUCCUGAGGGCCAAAGGCCUGGAAGUGGAACAGUUAUCUGCUACCUGUCAAAACCUCCAGUGGCUGAAAGAAGAAAUGGAAACCAAAUUUAGCCAUUGGCAGAAGGAGCAAGAAAGCAUCACUCAGCAGUUACAGACAUCUCUGCAUGACAGGAACAAAGAAGUGGAGGAUGUUAGCGCAACGUUGCUCUGCAAACUCGGACCUGGGCAGAGCGAGAUCGCUGAGGAGCUGUGCCAACGUCUGCAGCGCAAGGAAAGGAUGCUGCAGGACCUUCUCAGUGAUCGAAACAAACAAGCGGUGGAACACGAAGUGGAGAUUCAGGGCCUGCUUCAGUCCAUGAGCACCAGGGAGCAGCAGAGCCAAGCUGCUGCAGAGAAGAUGGUACAAGCCCUAAUGGAAAGAAAUUCAGAAUUACAGGCCCUGCGCCAGUAUUUAGGAGGAAAAGACUUCACGAUAUCCCAAGUACUCACCUCUAACCAACCGGCUGAAGUUACCUCCAUCAGCCCCCACCUCGGAGAGCAGAUUGAUCAAGGCUCAAUGCAUAUGCUCUCCAGAGAUGAUAGCACAUCAUUGACUACCAAAGGGGAUGCCAGCAUACCCAAGUCCUCAUUAGGAGACUUGGACACAGUUGCAGGGCUGGAAAAAGAACUGAGUAAUGCCAAAGAGGAACUCGAACUCAUGGCUAAAAAAGAAAGAGAAAGUCGGAUGGAACUUUCUGCUCUGCAGUCCAUGAUGGCUGUGCAAGAGGAGGAACUGCAGGUGCAAGCUGCUGAUAUGGAGUCCCUGACCCGGAGCAUACAGAUUAAAGAAGACCUCAUAAAGGACCUGCAGAUGCAACUGGUUGAUCCUGUGGACAUACCAGCUAUGGACCGCCUGACUCAAGAAGUCUUGCUUCUUCGGGAAAAAGUGGCUUUGGUGGAAUCACAGGGUCAGGAAGCUUCAGGAAACCGAAGACAACAACUGCUGCUGAUGCUAGAAGGCCUGGUAGAUGAGCGAAGUCGGCUCAACGAGGCCUUACAAGCAGAGAGACAGCUCUACGGCAGCCUGGUGAAGUUCCAUGCCCAUCCCGGCAGCUCUGAGAGAGACCGAAUUCUGCAGGUGGAACUGGAAGGGGCCCAGGUGCUACGCGGUCGGCUCGAAGAAAUUCUUGGAAGAAGCCUGGAGCGCUUAAGCCGCCUGGAGACCCUGGCCGCCAAUGGAGGUGUAGCUGCAGGGGAUGACACCGAAGAUGCCAGCACCGAGUUCACCGACAGUAUUGAGGAGGAAGCUGCGCACAAUGGCCACCAGCAACUCAUCAAGGUGGCUUUGGAGAAAAGCCUGGCUGCUGUGGAGAGCCAGAACGUGUCUCUUUCCUCGCCGCCCCCUACAGGAGGGGAGAAUAACAGGGGUCUCCAGGAGGAAAUGCUCCACCUGAGAGCUGAGAUCCACCAGCACCUAGAGGAGAAGAGGAAGGCUGAGGGGGAAUUGAAAGAGCUGAAGGCUCAAAUUGAGGAAGCAGGAUUCUCCUCUGUGGCCCACAUCAGGAACACCAUGCUGAGCCUUUGCCUUGAGAACGCCGAGCUGAAAGAGCAGAUGGGAGAAGCGAUGUCUGAUGGAUGGGAGAUCGAAGAGGACAGGGGGAAGGGCGAGGCGAUAGUGGAGACUGUGGUGGCCAAAGGGGGUCUGAAUGAGAAGAGCCUCCAGGCUGAGUUCAGAAAGCUCCAGGGAAAACUGAAGAAUGCCCACAACAUCAUCAGCCUCCUCAAAGAGCAGCUGGUGCUCAGCAGCAAGGAAGGGAAUAGUAAACUUGGUCCAGAGCUCCUUGGGCGCCUGGCCAGGGAGAUCGACGGAAUGAACACAGAGCCAGGUGGUUCUUCUGGGAAGCACCAAGGCCAAGAGGAGGAGGACCUGACCGUGAGACCCCGCCCCAGGCCCCGGAGCCUUGACCUUGGGGCUGCCCUCGCAGUGGAUGCCCGCCAACUGGAUGGCCAGCCCCCAGCCAGUGACCCUGGGCCACCGUCAGAAUUCAGCCUCCCGGGACCCACCAAGCACCUGCGUUCCCAGCUGGCACAGUGCAGGCAGCGCUAUCAAGAUCUCCAGGAGAAGCUGCUGAUAUCGGAAGCCACGGUGUUCGCCCAGGCCAAUCAGCUGGAGAAGUACAGGGUCAUGUUCAGUGAAACCUUGGUGAAGCAGGACAGCAAGCAGGUUCAGGUGGACCUCCAGGACCUGGGCUACGAGACCUGUGGCCGAAGUGAGAAUGAGGCAGAGCGGGAGGAGAGCACCAGCCCCGAGUGCGAGGAGCAUGACAGCCUCAGGGAGACAGUCGUCAUGGAGGGGCUGUGCUCUCAGCAGGAGCGCCUGGGCUCGACACUGGCCGGUCCCCCUGGGAGGAAGCCAUUGGAGAACCAGCUGAGGAAGCAGGAGGAGUUCCAGGCAUAUGGAAAGUCGGAAGACAUCUCUGUCCUCCAUAAGGACAUCAAAGAUCUGAAGGCCCAGCUGCAGACCGCCAACAAGAUCAUUCAAAACCUCAAGAGCCGGGUCCGCUCUCUCUCAGUCACAAGCGAUUACUCGUCUAGUCUGGAGAGACCCCGCAAACUAAAGGCUGUCGGCACCCUCGAGGGAUCUUCACCUCAUAGUGUCACUGAUGAAGACGAGGGGUGGCUGUCUGAUGGCACUGGAGCUUUCUACCCCCCAGGGAAUCAGGCUAAAAGGGAUCUGGAGAGUCUGAUCCAGAGAGUGUCCCAGCUGGAGGCCCAGCUCCCCAAAACUGGACUAGAGGGGAAGCUGGCCGAGGAGCUGAGAUCAGCCUCAUGGCCUGGGAAAUACGAUUCCCUGAUUCAGGAUCAGGCCCGAGAGCUAUCCUACCUACGCCAGAAAAUACGAGAAGGGAGAGGUAUCUGUUACCUUCUCACCCAGCAUGCAAAAGAUACGGUAAAAUCUUUUGAGGACCUGCUAAGGAGCAAUGACAUCGACUACUACCUGGGGCAGAGCUUCCGGGAGCAGCUCGCCCAGGGAGGCCAGCUGACAGACAGGCUCACCAGCAAACUCAGCACCAAGGAUCAUAAAACUGAGAAAGACCAAGCUGGACUGGAGCCACUGGCCCUCAGGCUCAGUAAGGAGCUGCAGGAGAAGGAGAGAGUGAUUGAAGUCCUGCAGGCCAGGCUGGACGCCCAGUGCCUCACGCCGUCCAGCAGCCACGCCUUGUCCGGCUCCCACCGCUCCCCCAGCAGCUCCUCCCUCCUGUCCGAUGAGCUGGAAGCCUGCUCCGACAUGGACAUAGCCAGCGAGCACGCACACUAUGAAGAGAAGAAGGCUUCGCCCGGCCACCCAGAUUCCAUCCAUCACUCAAGCCAUCCUGCUGUACUGUCUUCUCAACCAUCGUCAUCCACUGCACCUCGGGGGGUAAAGGCCGAGCCCAGCAGCAACCCCAGCAGCUUGCCUGCUCCCCAGAACCCCCCCCAGGAGGCCGUCCAGGCCCAUCCAGGCCUUCAUUUUCCCUCCAUACCUACACUGGUUAGCCUCCCCCAGGCACCGCUGCUCUCAGCUCCACCCAGCUUCCUGCCUUUCCGCUCCACUGGCCCUCCCCUCCUCGGCUCCUUGGCCCAGGCUCAGCAGGAGCUGCAGAUGCUGCAGAAGCAGCUGGGAGAAAGUGUCAACAGCGUCCAUCCCACCCCCCCGGCUACAUUGCGGGGCAGCCACUUGGAAGCCAGCUCUUCCCACUACCUCAACCCUGCCCAGCCCCUCUCUCCUCCGAGGGGCACCCUAGAGCUGGGCAGAAUCCUGGAGCCUAGGUACCUGGGCAGCAGCGGCCAGUGGGAUAUGAUGAGGCCCCAGAAAGGGAGCACAUCUGGGGACCUGUCCUCAGGCUCCUCUGUGUGCCAGCUGAACUCCAAACCCACAGGGGCCGACCUGCUGGAGGAGCACCUUGGUGAGAUCCGGAACCUGCGCCAGCGCCUGGAGGAGUCCAUCUGCAUUAACGACCGCCUGCGGGAGCAGCUGGAGCACCGGCUCAGCUCCACGGCCCGCGGCAGCGGCUCCACCUCUACCUUCUGCAGCCAGGGCCUGGAGUCCACACCUCAGCUCUACAACGAGAACAGAGCCCUUCGAGAAGAAAACCGCAGCCUCCAGGCUCAGCUGAGUCAUGUUUCCAGAGAGCACUCCCAGGAAACAGAGCGCCUGAAGGAGGCCCUGCUGACCUCGCGGUCCCGGCUUCAGGAGCUGGAGGUGGAGCUGGAGCACCAGAAGGUGGACCGGCAGCAGCUUCUGGAAGACUUGAAGGAGAAGCAGCAGGAGAUCUUGCAGUUCCAGGAGGAACGACUCUCCCUCCAGGAGAAAGACUCCAGGCUGCGGCACAAGCUGGCCCUCCUGCAGCAGCAGUGUGAGGAGAAGCAGCAGCUCUUCCAGACCCUGCAGUCGGAGCUGCAGAUCUACGAGGCCCUUUAUGGCAAUUCCAAGAAGGGGCUGAAAGCUUACGCCUGGGAUGCCUGCCACCAGGUCACUUUGAGCAGUGACUUGAGCCAUCUGGUGGCAGAGAUCCGAGCCCUGAGAGGGCAGCUAGAGCAGAGCAUUCAGGUGAACAACAGUCUGCGACUGCAGCUGGAGCAGCAGCUGGAUGGUGGCACCAGCAGAGCCAGCCUCGGCGCCUCCUCUGCUAGCCAGGAGUCCCCGGCCAACAGGGACCCUGCAGACAAGCAGCCGCUCUUCCAAGAUCCCGCUGCCUCCCCUCCAGUCCGGGAUGUCGGCAUGAAUCCGGCGCUGGGCUUCCCUGGCUCUUCCUCCGCGGCUCCCGGCUCAGACUCGGGCAUCUUCAGUAGCACAAAUGAGCUGGGUUUUGAUGCUUCCCCAGUGAUGAAGACCCCUCCCAAGCUGGAGGGCGAUGCUGCCGACGGCUCCUUUGCCCAUAGGCACGGCCGCCACGUCGUGGGCCACAUCGAUGACUACAGCGCCCUCAGGCAGCAGAUUGGAGAAGGCAAGCUGCUGGUCAGGAAGAUUGCGUCCGCUGUGAGAUCCGCCUGCAGCUGCCCCGGCCUCGAAGCUCAGGGCGCAGAGGUGCUGGGCGGCAGCCCUGUCCAGGAGCUUCAGAGCAGCGCCAGCGCCCUGCGCCACGUGCUGGAGGAGUCGGCCUCCCUCCUCACCAUGUUCUGGCGGGCGGCCUUGCCGAGCCCUCAUGGCAAAGCGGGAGAGUCCAUGAAAAGGGAGCUUCUGGAGCUUAGAACCCAGCUAUCCAGACAGGAGAGCCUCCUGCAGAGCACAGCCGAGCGCCUGAGGACCGCCAACCAGCAGAAGGAGAGCAUGGAGCAGUUCAUCUUCAGCCAGUUGACCAGGACACACGAUGUUUUGAAGAAGGCAAGGACUAAUUUAGAGAAGAACAGUUCCAGGAUUGCCUCUGUAAAGCCUUACGCCCACCCCAGCAAAGGAGCCAUGCAAGAAGCGCAGCCACCAGCGGUCCUUAAAGCAGCAGGAAGGAUGGGCCUGCCCCCCUUUUGUGCAGCCGCCGAUCUGCUGAGGAAGGCCCGGCCCGGCCCUGCCCGGCCCGGCCUCCACGUCGCUGGGGUCUAGGAGCCAGAGCCGGGCUUGCGGGGCAGACGGCAGAGGGCCCCUGCUGCGCUCACGGACACUUCAGCCAAGGCCACGCUUUCUCCAAGCAAAAGCACGGUAGUUUGUAGAGGACCUUGGGGCGCCGCCUCCAGCCGCCCAGGGGAUGGGAGCCAGCAGCAGCACGUGGCUGUCUCGCUUCAGCAGCCAUCCUCAGACGGCAGCUCAGGGGAGAUGGGGCCCUGCUUCCCGCAGAUGGGGCGCGGUCCCAGCGCUGGAGCUCCUCAGCAGUCCAAGCACAGGACAGCAGCGGUGCCCUGCCGGACAGGGGGCUCGGCCAACGCCACUCACAGAGCCACCCCUGACCGGGCAGCUCAGCUGGGGCACAGUCAGGCUGGGCGUCGCCCACCCAGCAGCACCUGAGUCCUUUGAACCCUCAUGGUGAAAGGGGUCACCUCCCGGCUACCAUCUCACGCUUAGCCUGGCACCUACUUUAUUCUUUUAGGAUCUCCAAAGCGUCCCGACCUCACUCUAGAUACGCUGUCCCUUUUUAACACCCUAACUUCUCUCUGGGGGAUUGGGGACUGAAGGCCAGACCAGGCCCAUGGGAAGUCUUGUGUAAAGCAAACCAGUGACCCUUUCCAGGUGGCCUGUGGGAGAGAUGCCCACAUGUGCUAAAACCUAGUCUGUCCUCGCGGUGCUUUAGUGUGUGUGUGUGUGUAUAGAUGUACAAUAUAUAUUUAUAUAUGUUGCUAUAGCGAUGGGUUGAAGGCUGAUGUAACUGGUGGACAGGGUCCGAGAGAGGAAACGAAACUUUUUUUUCUGGUGGUGAUUAGAGCAAAUGUGCAUAAAGAAUAAAGAAUUUUCCUUCA